AUGCUGCCCCUCCAUGAAGCUCCGGAGCCAACAGUACGGACUUCAGGCGACAAUGAUGGAGCCAACCUCAGCGAUGAAGGAAGCGUCGAGGAAAACCCACUGCAAUGGCAUGGCGACCACUGGGACGAGCUACUGGACUAUGAGAGUCCUUACAUCGACGCGUGGCCUGGAGAAGAGUGGCUAACUACGCACCUUGAACUGGACGACAGGAGUGUGUCGAACGAGCAGCUCUUCAAUAAUCCUGGCACUCAGUAUUGGUUGCCAAAGCUGGCAGGUCUGGCCCGUAGUGAUUUUACAACGCUCAAGUUUGCGCCAGGGCGUUUUCUUCCAGCCAAGAUCCCUCUUUUCACAGACGACGAGACUGGCGACGAAUACCAAAUCGCUCUACGUCUCUCAGACAAAUUUAUAUACACAGAUUGUCCGAGAGAUCCAGUACCAUUCAACGAACGAGCCGAGCCUCUUUCCAGAGUCUUUUACCAAGAGGUGCCCGCAGAAACGACGCAACAGCAUGCUGAGCUCCCGCGGUUCAUCAUACCGCUUGGCCCACUGGCAGUUCGCACCAAGUUCCGCGUCCCGGAUCCAGAAAGCUCUGAUAGCCCUCCAACAGAUUUGACGGACUAUCAAGUGGUACUUGACGCAGAGAACGAGGCUAUGCCGCUUUGGCUUCUCUGCUCACGGCGGACGUUGAAGGAACACCACCAGGCGUACGGCGGACGCAACCGUCAGCUCCCCAUCUUCAAAGGGCUAAUGGAACAUGAAGAGUACGGGUAUGAUGCUGCCUGUAUGCUAGACUCGGUGCAACGGCUUAGAGAUUGUCUCAGCUACGAGGAGUCAUGUGACAUGGUCCGGAGGACUCGUGCUGUUGUGCUAUUCGUUUAG